AAUCGAAGUUAUCUUCCAGUCAACUGUCCACCCAGUCAAGUGCAAAAAACACAGUGGAAUCACGCAACGCACGCUGCUGGUGUGCUUCCUGCCCACGAGGAAAGAAGAGCGACAAGGUUCAGAUUUGACUGUUUGCAGCAUGGGAGCUGAUUACCCAAAAAAUCCCUGGGAAAAAAGAAAAGAUAUCUCGGUAACGAAAACCAUAGGAGGCUGUAUUGGCGAGAUCCAAGGGUUCACAGCAGCCCAAAAGAAAAACCGCCUGGAAGUCCAAGGACCUUUAGUACCGUACCGAACCAACAGCCUUCGCGCCAAGCGACGACCGCCCUUGUCCCUUUCCUUUUUCCAUUCAGCCUACUUCUUAGCUUUGUUCCGUCAGUCUAAGGCAAAGCUUAAGUGGUUUGCCUACCUUACCCACUUGAUGAAAGGGAACGAACUUCGUUUCCUUGGCGGCUUUAUGGAUGGAUUCAGUCAGAAAAAACUCCUUCCUUUUGAAAAAAGUGACGCUUUGCGUCUUCGCUUCCGAGGGUUAGGGUAUAGGCCGUUUCGAGCAAGCUUUCGCUUUUUCUCCCGGCUUUCUACAACUUUCGCUUUAGCUUCCAAAGGCGACCCAAUGACCUUUCCGGAAUUGGAAGUAUUCGUCGCCCUACCCUAAGAAAGAAGUCACUAUAAAACAGCUUGCCCUCCAGAAGUACCAAAGGUGCGCGGAGCCCGGUGAAAAUGAAUAUGUUUGCUACUGAAAGAAGCCUGCCUAUUGACUAAUAUUCGUCUUUAGAAUGAAAGUAGCUAUGAAGCCCAAUCUAUACUGUCGAUUCAAAAGGGGGCAUAGUCAUAUGGGUGGGGUGUUUGUGGGGAGCUGCCUUGGAUAUGAGGAAUUCCUCCAAUCUAAAAAAAAAUGAACAAAGAAAAAGUCCGUGACGAAGAUCUUUCUUUUCUAUCAAUAGAUAGGAAUGAGUGUUCGUUAUAGGGGAUAGGAUCCAUCUGCUCUCUCUCUCUCUCUAUUUUCUUUGAUGCAAUUUAGAGAGAAAGAGCAGUGCGAAUUAGAAAAAAAAGAGAAUCGGGAGAUGAUUCCAAAAUAGAUACAUAGACAUCUCAAGUAAAGGGAUGUAUAUAUUAUUCCUAUAUAUAUCAUCUAUCUAUGAAAAAGUAAACAGAGUUCGUUUUUGGGUUCCCCGAAGCCCCGAAUGGAUUGGAUCGUUUCUGCUUCUGCCAACGAAAUGAAGGCCUCGCCCCUUCCGAAUGCUUCUCCGAUCCUGAAGUUCUCGCGAAGAGAAUAAGAUGCAGCUCCCCCUCCCUCUGUCUUUUUCCGCUUUGCUAAUCUUCCCCUCUAACGCGGGCCGGGCUUAGGCGGGCGCGGGAGGAAGAAAGAAAGUCGAAGAGCGUCUUCUCCUUUGUCCUUUUUUCAGUGCAACACAGGAAAGCACCCUCUUUUUGUAAUCCCUGCAGCUUCCCAGAGGCUUGCUUUUUUUUAUUGAACGCAUGGCGUAGCUAGGACCCCUCCAAUCAUGUUUGAGCCUAUGUUCACCCGGGGCCAAAAAAGGAGAAUUCCGGAAUGCCUGCCGACGUUCAGAUAAGGUGCAUAUCCCUUACCACUAAAGGAAAGGCUCGACGAAGGGGGGGAUAUUAGCUGGGUAAGGAAAACGCUUUCGGAGAUUGAGAUGUCGAUUUGUUUUUCAUCGAAAAGGAAGAAGGCCGAGGGGAUAGCAGCCUUCCUUCGGGCUUUGCCUGCCGACGUUCUAAUAAAGAAUUCCGGCUCGGCCCGGGAAAGCGCUGGCAACAACAUAAAGAAAGGGGUCCAUGUAGCUGCUGCGCCCGCCCACUGAGCAGCAGGUUCGGCAUCUACUACAAAAGAGAGAAUCCACUUCAGAUAACCACGUCUCUGCUAGGCAGCGUGUGGAAUGGCCGAGAGCGGACCAAAUGGAUAUAUAAUCCAAGCCGAGAGUGGAGUUACGUGAACAGCCGUCUGAUGGAAAACAACUUUCACGUUCGGUUCAGAGAGCACUUUUUUCGUUGAGAAUAAGUCCUUCCCUUUUGUGUGAAUUCCCCAGCGGCGAAUUAACAACUUGUGGGGCCCUAUCUAUUCAAUCUCUCGAGCCCCAAGAAAACCCCCCUCUCCCUCGGACUCAAUCUCUCUUUUGACUCUAUAUAUGUGGGCACCUGAUAUCUAUGAGGGUUCACCCACCCCGGUGACAGCAUUCCUUUCUAUUGCGCCUAAAAUCUCUAUUUCUGCAAAUAUGUCACGUGUUUCUAUUGUUGCUUCCUAUGGGGGUACAUUACAACAAAUCUUCUUUUUCUGCAGCAUUGCUUCUAUGAUCUUAGGAGCACUGGCCGCCAUGGCCCAAACGAAAGUCAAAAGACCUCUAGCUCAUAGUUCGAUUGGACAUGUAGGUUAUAUUCGUACUGGUUUCUCAUGUGGAACCAUAGAAGGAAUUCAAUCACUACUAAUUGGUAUAUUUAUUUAUGCAUCAAUGACGAUAGAUGCAUUCGCCAUAGUUCCAGCAUU